AUGAAGCUGCGGCAUAAAGACCGAGAACUUGAUCGGGUAGUAUACCUUCCCGUAGAAAAUUCUUGUACAGCAUCCCUCGGUGGUCCAAUAACAUUGCUGUAUAUGUCCAAUGCCGCUGCAUUUGCUUACACGUAUCACUCUUUUAAUUACGUAGCUACAUCAUAUCAAGCAACACUUUCAUUAGCAUUUCGUCAAGAUCCAAGCUGGUGGUGUUUGGAUGAUAUUGCCGUUACGUAUGGUGGCGUUAAUUCAUUUCAAAACGGUGGAUUUGAAACAGGCGCAUUAGGUACAUCUUACACAUUUUGUAACCCUCAAACUGCAUCAUCAUCGGGAACAGUUUCAACCACAUGUCCUCACACAGGAUCUUAUAGUUAUUAUGACGGAUCUGUUACAAAUCCCGAUUAUAUAAGUCAAACAUUUGCCGUUGUAUCUGGUCGAACAUACGUUGUCAGCUUUUGGAUUCGAAACAUGGGUGGACCGACAAAUAGUGCUACGAUCAUUAUUGGUACUUAG